GUCUGCGGUCAGUAACACAGCCUCAUUGCGUGAAGCAGCGUCGCGCGCUUGCAGGGCAUCCGUGCGAGGCAGUGAUCGGCAUAGACAAUACAUACACAUGACUGUGAUAGGCAUUGAGCUCAUAAACGAGCGUGAAUCCAGCCUUCGUCUCACCGUCUGACGACGCACACUCCUCGCGAUGGCCCGCCGGACUCUGUGCACUUGCUACGUUGGGCUGGUUAUCCUAAUAGGCUUGGCGGGACAAGCUCGCAUCGCUGCAGGCCUGGACAAUUCGGCUCGAAUAUCAUCAGGGCUGGGUGCAGACAAGCCGCUGUGCGUCACGAUACGCAGCUUCCCUGGGGACUCGAGCCUAGCAGCAGCGCAGCUGCAGACUGCCUCGGGUCUCCAUCGCUUCACAGCGGAGGAGUGCCAACGGGUGCAGCCGCUGCUGGUGGCGGAGCUUACCAGCGCGGCCGAGUCGUGGGGAAUCCAAGUGACGCGGGCCUUCCGGCCGGUGACAUGCACGGGGGUGGCCAUCUCCGUGUGCGGCGCCGUGUCAGACAUGUCAUCCAUGCGAGCUCUAGGCUCACGUAUGCAGGAUACUUCACCGCGGUACUUCCGUGCCCUGUUCGGCGUCAAACCCUUCGUGACCGAGUGCCCCAAGCAUUACCGUGACGCAAGGCUGGCGCUGGAGGUACUGGCUGCCCGCGGCAGCGCUGACGAGUGCCUGGUGGUGGUGCGGGGGGACGGCUGUGACGCCCUCAUUGCGCGCGACGACAGCGAGGAGGCCUCUGUCGCACCGGUGCAGCUUGUCUCGGGCGGUGAUGCCUCGGACAAGGCGUCGGCCGCUGCUGUGUACGAGGGGGCUGCGCACGUCGCCAACGGCGGCGGCAGGCGGCUGCGGGCGCUGUUCUGGCCCUUCUCCUCGGCGGGCGCUCGCAACCAUCAGCAGUGCGAGCGCAAGGCCUACUCCACGCCCUUUGUGAUGAACCCCCUGGUGGACCAGCUGCCGGCGGGCCCCGCCCCCGGCUCCACCCGCUGGUGCUUCGGCCUGCACCUCAUCUCAGCGCCACCAGGCCAGAGCGACUGCAGCCGCGCGGACGCCCUUGACACGAUGGAGCUUGUCGCUGAUAAGGCGCUGGGCAGCCGUCUGCUGGCCGCAAAGCUGCGGAGCAUGCCGGUGCGCGCUGACGACGCCUCCUCGUCUCCCUUGGUUGCCAUUGAGAAGGACCUGACCACCGAGUGGGUGGCCAGGCUGGCCGAUGCUGACGUCGUUGAGGUGCAGCAGCAGGGCCACUUGCUCCGCAUCAGCGGCCUCAGGCUGCGCUCCACCCAUGACGCCAGCACCACCACCACGCGGCACCAGGUGUGCCUGGAACUUGCGUCCGGGGCGACACUGGCGGACCUGUGUGGGGGCGGCAGCUGUGUGAUGGCACUGCGGGACCCGAGAGGCAAGUGCUGCCCCAGCUACACAGCUGCGGCUGCGGGCCCAGGGCAGCGUGUGGUGGGGACCGCCGGCAGCAGCACUGGGCAGCAGGCACAGCAGCAGAAGCAGCAUGAGGCUGGCGGGCGGAGAAUGGCCCGCUCGGCGACAGAGAAGCUAUAAGCCACAUGCGUGUGGCGGCGGCAGACCGCAAUCAGUUGAGCGGGCGUAGAGGAAUGCCGGAUUGCUGGAGUGAAGCUGUGCGAUGGCGCGGCUGCCUACUGUGUGCUUGUCGCGCGUGAUCAAACACCAACUGGCUGUGAGCAUGCAUUGCGGUUAGGACACCUGGCGACCAGUUCCAUGACAUUCUUUUAUUAUUCACUGGGCCCAGACAUACAGCAUGCGUACUUGAGCUUGACCUCUAAAUUAAUGACCCACUGUUGCUCCUGCAACAAUCGAAUUUGUUGCCGUGUGAUGCAUAUCGGUGGGUGUGUCCCAUACCGGCCCCGUACAGUUUCCAAAUUAACCGCUCGUCCACCGGCUUCCACGCACCCCUGUCGCACUAUGCGGUUCCCUUGCAGUUGUUUAGUCUCCGUUGGUUGGUUUGCCCUGCCUUGGGGAGAGGCGCGUUGGGAGAGGCCGCUGAGGUGGAGGCUAAUCCCGUCCUUGUUAUGGGUGGUUGGAGGUGUGGAACUGUGCAUGGCUUGGAGUAAGGUGGCAAGUGGGGUCAGCGUGUUGCUGCUGCUCAGGGGUGCGACUGCCUAUAGGGAAUGUGUGCAUGUAUUUGCACAUGCAUUCAAGAAAUUGCUCAUCGUGUUUGUCCGCUGCUCGUUGCAUGCCGCAAGUGUAAACCUGGCCUGAAUUUUGGAGCCUGAUGGAAUGUCUUUUGGGUUGAGAUGUCAGCGCGUGUGUGGAACCGUAGGUAGAGGAGGUGAGGACGACGACUGGGUCACCAAAGCUGAGUGAGCCUGUGUGCCUUGCUGAGUUGAGAUACUGAAGUGGCUUGCAGCGUGUUGGGGGCCCUAAACCGUCGGGCAUGAGCCACGUGCAAGGAGGUAGCGAUUGAUUGCGGCGGCUGGUGCGAGCACGCCACGCCGUCCAGGCACCGUGCUUCUCCGUGCCUGACCCGAGGCUGCGGCCGCUUCCGCUGGUGGCCUGUGCCGCAGGUUUCAAUCGGCCCGUACAUACACGUGUGUGCACUAGGGGCUCAUGACUUAACUUCAUCUUAUGCAUUGCUUGACGACCUUUGACGAGUACGGUGCCUAGUGUACUACCGUAUACAGCCGCCCUAGGACUUUGCCUAGGCUAGGUACGUUGCGCACACGCGGCAUGCGGUCCUUUCACUUCUUUGCAAGUUCGCGGGUCGAGGUGACAAAGCUGCUUGCUGCGUCAGGCACCGUGAUGGAUUAUGGGUAGGCAUGCGCAAUGCCGCACAGCCGCAGUCUGACAUGUU